ACACACAUACACGCACGCACACACACACACUGAUGCGACCGUUGGAGGAAGGCAAGGAAGAACAAAAAUACGACAUCGGCCACGGAGCACGGCUUCCCGGGAGUACCAUCGUGUCGAACGAACGCGUUGACGAGUGUUCGGAUAGCGACGCGUGCAUUAAAUCGGCUGUAGGCGACGCAGCCUGGCUGGUGCUUGCGAUUGGAAACAAGUGAAGUGGCGGAGAGGAAAGGAGGACAGGAAGUCAAGGCGUUACCUGGACGGUCGUCUCCGCCAAUCCACAUUUUAGUCGGAGCGAGCGAGAAAGGCGCCAAGAAAAGGGAAAGGAAAGGAGGGCGAGCACGGAGAAGAGGAGUGCGGGUCGCGUCUGCUCUCGGCAGCUGUUCCGGCAGCCUUUUUUUUCUUUUUUUUUUUCUUUUUUUUUGAGGCGCCUGUGACUUUUUUAAUUUUUUUUUUUUUUUGAUGAAGUGGUUCAGGUUCUGAGUUUAAAUGUGAGAUCUAACUGCUGUAAAAACAAAACAAAAACGAUUGAGCGAGCGCAAGGGAGCAAGUGAGAGAUACUUGCAAUUCCUCUUUUUUGUUCCAUUGAUAAUUUCCAAAGUUCCUUUUUCUUUCAAUGUUUUGCAACCUUCAUGGUCUGUGAGUAGCAGGAGCUUCCAUUCUCCAAUCUGUCGUCAAAGCCCUCCCGAAGCGAGCACGGACUGAUAACCUGGUACCCCUCAAGCACCUACAACUGGCAGCUAUUCUUGUGGAUGUGUAUUUUUUGAGGUGUGUUGGGGGGGGGGCGCCCUGUGACCACAGCUUAAGCACCACUCAGCCUUCUAGUCACCCAAGCCUAACUAAACCCAGCCAGCUCCAGCCUGGUCCAGCCUGCUCCCACAUCUCUGGACGGGGUACUCACAUCUGUGUGGACGUGAGGAAUAUGACUGCUGAGACUCUCAACUUCGGCCCAGAAUGGCUCCGUGCACUGUCCAGUGGGGGGAGUGUGACGUCCCCCCCUCCCUCCCCCCCCAUGCCAAAGUACAAGCUGGCCGACUACCGCUACGGCCGAGAGGAGAUGUUAGCACUUUAUAUCAAAGACAACAAGGUCCCGGAGGACAUGCAGGAUAAGGAAUUUGCUGCUAUUCUGCAAGAUGAGCCCAUGCAGCCGCUGGCACUGGUGCCUCUCACUGAGGAGGAGCAGAGGAACUUCUCCAUGUCUGUGAAUAGUGUGGCUGUUCUGCGGCUCAUGGGAAAGGGGGCGAGUGGAGCUGCCCCGGCCGGAGCGGUGCGAGGACGGGGCGCCGCAAGAGGCAGCAGAGGCCGGGCCCGCGGCGAAGGUGGAUUCUACCAAAGAAGUAUUGAAGAUGCCGAGGUUGGUUUUGGUCGGAGCUCCAGAGAGAUGCACCGUAGCCAGAGUUGGGAUGACCGAGGUGAGCGUCGAUUUGAGAAGCCGCUUCGACGGGAGGUGGGCCGCCCUGGCUUUGAGGAGUCUGCAGGUCCCGGGGGUUCCGGCAGGAAGGAGUACACAAGGGCUGACAGCGAUAACUGGCGCACCCUCCGGGAAGAGCAGGAGGGGGAGGAGGGCGAGCCGGCAAGCAGUUGGAGAGUUGCUGGACCCCGCAGGGACGAUGGCGGUCCCCGCUCAGCAGGCUGGCGGGAUCACGGCUGUCCAGGUGACAGUCGCCGCCGCAAAUUCGAUUUUGACUUCGGGGGUCCCGAGAACCUGGGCGGUAGUCGCCGGCGCGCCGGCAGCGACGGUCCGGAGGACGACAGGGACGGCCUGCCUGAGUGGUGUAUGGAUGAGGAGGAUGGAGGAAUGGGAACUUUUGACUCCUCUGGCGCGUUCAUGCCCAUGAAGAAGGGUGGCAAGGAGACAAUCCUGGAGGAAGAGUUGGAGUUCAAGGGCACUGAGGAGGAAGAGGAAGAGGAGAGUCCUCCCGACACGGAGAGAAACGGCGGUGAUGGAGACAAAGAUAAGGAGAGUAAGGAAUCCCCAUCAGCUGCAGUCGAUGGGGAGGCAAAGCCAGCGGCGCCUUCCUCCUCCCCUCCUGCCCAUUGUGCCCCUCCAUCCCUGGAGCCCCAGCCCAGCAACAGUGGCCCAACAGUGGACACGGCUCAGCUGAGCAGCAGCCACCCUUUAAAGGAGAGUAGCCCACCAAGUGAAGGAUCCAAGAGCCAGGUGAGCCCGAAUACUGCCGCCCCCUCAGUGCUGCCUCCACCACCGCCAUCUUCUGCUGCUCCACUCCUCCCUACGUCCGGGGUAGGAGACACUGAGGACGACGAGGGCAUGAAACACCUGCAACAGGAGGCGGAAAAGAUGGUGGCAUCGUUGCAGGAUACAUCUUUAGAAGAGGAGUGUUUCACACAAGCUCUGCAGCAGCAGCAGCAGGAGAGCAGGAACACCGCAGCCGCUCUGCCUCUGUCGCACGAGGCCGCCAUGAAGUGGUUCUACAAGGACCCACAGGGAGAGAUUCAGGGUCCAUUCACUACUGUGGAGAUGUGCGAGUGGUUCCAAGCAGGCUACUUCACCAUGACCCUUUUGGUCAAGCGGGGCUGCGACGAGGGCUUCCAACCCCUGGGCGACGUCAUCAAGAUGUGGGGCCGCGUCCCCUUCGCCCCGGGGCCCUCCCCGCCGCCCCUGCUGGUGAGACAGCCACCACCGACGCAGCGCCCGCAGCCCACCAGGGGGCCCGCCGGGACUGUGAGUCAGAGCUCAGCCAACAUAGACGAUGGGAAGGGGUGGAUGCACAAGGGAGGGAAGAUGGAUAGACAGGCCACGGGAAACCUGGACCAGGAGCGUCUGAAAAAACAGCAGGAGCUGGCGGCGGCAGCUCUUUAUCAGCAGCUCCAACAGCAGCAGUUAUUCCAGCUCAUUAACAGGUGCAGUGAGCAGGGUAUGAUGCCUUCGAUGAACAGGUCAAUGUCAGUGCCAGAUACAGGGUCCAUGUGGGACAUGUAUACCUCAGCUUCACAGCCGUCAGGUGGUGAAGCCAGUCUUUGGGACAUAAUGAAUCGUUCUACUCAGGGUCCAACUCUGGAACAGCUUCAAAAGCUCCAGCAGGAAAGGCGAGACGCUGAACUCAGGGCGAAGCGGGAGGAAGAGGAGCAGCAACGCAAGAGGAGGGAGGAGAAGAGGAGGCAACAGGAGGAGCAAAAGAGAAGGGAGGAUGAAGAGCUCUUCAGACGCAAGCAGGAGCUGAUUUUGAAGUUGCUGCAGCAGGCCCCACAGCAGCAGGGGCCAGUGGCAGGCAGCGUCAGCUGGAGCGGGGCAUCUUCCUCUGGGCUCUCGAAAACGGGGAAGCCCCUCUCUUUGCUGGAGAUGCAGCAGGAGACGGAAAGACUCCUGAAGCAGCAGCAGCAUCAGCAGCAGAGAGCCCAGCAAUAGAGGGAGCGGCACUCGGGCAUGUCAAUGGGGAGUUCCUCUAUUGGAGGCCAGUGGGGGGACGGCGUUGGCAUCUGGGGUGGGCCUGGAGGCAUGGAGGGCAAAAGUGGCAGCAUCGGCAUGUGGGAAGAGGCUGUGAAGAACCAGGCCAGCCUGCGCGGUAACAGCAACAGUAGCUUGGGCUUAAAGAACAGUCGCAGCAGCCCUUCACUCAGUGAGCAGUACAUGAUGCGUCGUAAGCGCACAGAUGAUGAGGAGAAUCUGCUGAAGCUGUUGCAGGGCAUGAAGCCUCAGGACGGCUUCACCACCUGGUGUGAGCAGAUGCUGCACACCCUCAACACUUCUGCCAGCAACUCCUCUUCUCUGGAUGUUGCUACGAUUGUGGCCUACCUGAAGGGGGUGGAGUCUCCCUUGGCAGUGUUGGACUUCAUCCAGUCCUACCUGGGGGACACAGUGGAAGCCAAAGAGUUCACCAAACAGUUUCUGGAGCGACGUGCCAAACAGAAGGGCAACCAACUGAGACAGCAGCAGCAGCUGUCAAAGGAAGUGGCUGGCCUGAACAUGAACUUCCCUCUGCAGGACACGAUGCGAGGUAUGAACGCUAGCGCCCUGCAGUCAAUGUUCCAGGCCAAUCACAUGGGCAAGGCUGGUCUCUAUGACAACCAAGGAGGGAAGAUGAAAAAAAAACAGCCCAUGAUGCUGCACUCGGAUCCCAGCAUCUUAGGCUACUCAUUCCACAGUACGGCCGAGUGUCUGAGCCUGAAUGAGAUGGAGAUGGUGGAGGAUUACUGAUGUGACGCAGCGCAGCAGCAAUAGCUACCUGAGGCCUUUUUUGUCUUUUAAUCAGACAAACCUGAUGACGAAUGUGCACUGCUAGGGGAACCCGGGGCGGGGGGAAGGGAGCAGGACUAAGAGGAGGUACGCGGUUUGGGGGAGGGGCGGGGCUUGUCUGCGCCACUCCUCUUGGGGUUGUGACAAAAAGGGGCUCCUUGCUGCACCAGUUGAGCAGGGGCAACGGGGGCGGGGUGGGGGCAUGGGUUUCAAAGAAACAUGGGUAUCCUCUGGCACUCAACAUUUUAAGCACCUUAUACUGAACUAAUGCACUUUAUUGAGAUGGGAUUUGAAUAUUUCUUUUUCGUCUGUGUGUGAUUUGUGACUGCGUGUGUGUGCGUGCGCGCUCAGAAUCAGUGUGCACGCGGUAUGUGUGCAUCACAACUGGAAGUGUUAACACGGGCGGGGGUCUUGGUGGGUGGGGGCGGGUGUUGAGCGUUUCAAAGUCGGGGACCUUUAAGUUGAGAGCAAAUCCUUUUUCUCGAAAGACAAACACUGUUGAUAUUUCUGUUUUGCAUUUUUUUACGUUUAUAUGAAAAAAGUAAAGCUAUUGAAAAGUGGAUUAUAAAAACUUGAAGAUUUGCACUUGCCUAAAAAAAAAAAAA